AUGACUGUAGAUGCAGUCUUAUAUUUUAGAAGUCACGACUAUUCUCCGAUAAUGGAUAAUAAUUAUGAUUUUUUUUUAAGAAUUGGUGUGGAUGGUAAAAGGGAAGUUGGUAAAUCUGGCCUUAUCCGCAAAUUUGCCCAAAAAGAUUUUAUAGAUGAAAGAUACGACGAAACUUUGCAU